UCCGAAUGUUCCCUGGCCUUCAUCCGCAGGGUUGCCACACUGGCCGUCCGGUUACUCUGGCACCCAUACGGCGGCAGGAAGGAGAGGCUCAUUGGGUCCGGCACACAGCAAGAGCACAGUGGGCUGCCUAAAGAGAGUUGGGCCAAUCAACAGAUGGAGCAGAACCACACGAAAAAUAGCAAGAGCCUUUCACUGCUGACACGGAGAAAGCAUCAAUUCUUCACUUGAUGAUGAAGACAAUGCAGUGCACCGUUAGUUCUCGACAUCAGUAACCCAUGGGAAGACCUGGAAAUCCUGAAUUCUGAUUGUGAUUGGCCAACAUUGAGGGCUGGUGAUGAAUUAGAAUUCCUGAAAAAGCUUGAAUUUUGGCAGAGCCGUCCGAGAACCGGGCACCUGGCCUAUAAAGAAACUUAAAGCUUUGAUGUUUUGUCUCUAUUUAAGUUUAAAAACCAACAAUGGAGUUUUAGAGAAGGGCCGCUCCCGCAGGCGUUUCUUCAGGGCGGCCAGCUGUGCGCUGGACGUGAGUGCAGUCCGAGGUGAAUCAGUGUUCUGGCAUGAGCUGAAACGUUCCUGCUCCUGUGUGGCAGGUGCUCUUUGAUGUGGCCAUCAUAGGGAAGAAGGAGAGAGUCAUAAAUAAGUGAACUUUCGGAGUUACCCCGUCAUUACACGGCCACAUGGACCGGGCUCGGCAACCUUUCCGGUCCAGAGGUCGUAAACCCACCACAGGCUACACAAACAAGGCCGUGAAGCACCAAAGGAGAAAUUUCACCGCACACACAGUACACCUAGGUCUUCAUUGCUCCCUGCUGUUCAGGCCUGUGGGAGCUGACCAACCGAACAGGCCUUUUCUCGCGCUCGGGACGGAGCUGCGGCCCGGAGGCCGCCGAAUGACAUGUGCUUUGACAGCUUGAGAUCUGCCUCCAGAUGUAUCUCAGAUAAGCUUUCCACCUGGUGACAGGACACAGGCGAGUGCUUUGGCUGAUUACUACGGGAAAAACGUCAGGACCCAUGGCUCCCUUCAGCUCAGUUGUAAGGGAAAAGAUCAUCACUUUGGUCAUGAAGGGUCUGGCUUUGUGGGCUGUGGUGGAAUGCGCCUGCAGGGUUUCUGGCAUCUCGACUUCUGCAGUGCUUUGUGCAGUGGGCAUAGAGACACUGAAACAAGGGGAGUUUCACAGCUUAGCCAUCUAUCUCCUGUUUUCUUCAGUGGCGAUAAUGUUUUUUGAAGUUGCAUAUUUUAUUGAUGCUCUGGUGGCAAUGUGCUUCACUUGUCCACCUACAUGGAAGUUCUUCAUUAUUUGGAAGAAGAUAGCCAAAGUUGGGGGCUUCCAAAAAUUUCUAUACUACACAAUGAUGUCUUUAAUGUGUUUCCUGCAUCCAGUGCUUGCAUGGCAUGCUGUAAUACCAGGAGUUAUGCUGCUAGUGACUGGAUUCCUUAACUUCAUAUUGAGCAAAAAGAAAAAAUCAGAACCUCCUAAAGAUUCCAGUGUAUAUAAUGACCCAAGUCAAUCUUCUGUCUGUAUCACAGACACGGGACACACUGAACAGACAUUUUCUUUCUUCCACACAACAUCGGGCAAAAGAGGAUCUGAUUUUCUUAGCAAUAGCCGACUACAUGGCAUCACAGACAACAGUCACUCAAUGAUUGGAGAGCAUGAAUCAGUCAAGAACGCCAACUGCAAGAAAACAAACACAUGCAUUAGAAAUGUGCACUUCAUAGAGAGUGUCAACGAGGAGGAUUCGGAGAUUGUGGAAUUCAGUGAGGUGGAAACAGAACACACUACAUCAGAUAAAGUACCAAUAAUUAGUUCAAUGUGAGGUCCUAAAAUGUGAUUAUUUUAAAUCAUUCUAGGAUGUCCAUUUGAAAGUAGAGACCUGCAGUGCAUAUCUUUUUCUUUCAUUUGUUAAAAUGAUUACUGUUGUUUAUUAAUAAUAAUAAUAAUAAUGUUAUUUUUAUUGUAAAAUUACAAAUAUUUGCAGUAUGUUAUUCAAUUUCAGUAUCUCAUUCAGUUAUAUAUAUUAAGGAAUUGCUUGUUUUGUGCUUUGUUAAAUGUUUCCUGUGGAUUAUCCAUUAUUUGCUUUAAUAUGUUUAAUAUAUGCAAAUGUAAAAUAAUACACAAUGUAUCAUCAAAAAUAAUUUCCAGUGACAGAAAAUUAAUGGCAGAUUGAAAGUUAAACCACAGUAGCCGACAUAUUUUCUACUGCAAACAGUCACACAUCUGUCUUCUAGGCUCAAAAAGGUUUUAUUAGAUUGCAUCUCUGCUAGGUCACCAUAGUAAGGUAUUCCCUAGGCAGGGCAGGCAUUAAGGAGAGACUCCGAGCCCAGAGGGUCUCCAGAGGGAAGCCUUUAAAAGAAAUAGUUUUUGGACUUAUGGAAAAUUAAACAUGAGACUGAUAAAAAAUGCAUGCUUGCAAUUUUGCAAUCAUUUUUUUACCAAGAAUGAUCACUUUAAAACAACAUUGAAGUUUUAUCUGAUAAGAGUUGCUUCUGUGGUUAUAGUAACUAUAGCAGUGUGUAACCUGGAUCAGUCUGGAUCUUCAGCAUAAAUCAGUGCAGUUAAGAGUCUCCUUUUCAACAUACUGACCCAGACAAGAAGGCUUUUAGUCUAAAGACUGCUGCAAUCCCCCAGGCCUUAUUUCUGCAUGAAUGACUCCAGCAUCCUGAAUAUUACACUGAAAAAAAUAAAGGCUGGGUUUACUUAAAAAUAUAGUGCCUCAUUUUUGCAUUCAUUUUUAAAGUAAGUUUCACGUGGAAUUUUAAGCAACUUAUGCAACUGCUUAAAAUUUCAAGUAAAAAGAAAGUGGAUGCAAAAAUGAUGCACUAUAUUUUUAAGUAAAUCCAGUAUUAUUUUUUACAGAGUAGAGGAGUAUAUGAUGUGCUGCAUUUAUACAUGUUUAUUAGAUAUUGUAUUACACAUAAAAUAAAUUCUUUACACCAAAACCUUG